AUGGAUGCUCACAGGAACUUCUCGCCAAAUGUCAAUGCGACAUUGCCAAACGUGCAGAAUUUUGUGCAAAUUAAUUUCUCUAUCGCCGUUCUAAUAUCAGCGCUCGACAUUAUGGCAAUAAUAUUAGGCUCCUUAGCCAAUAUUCUACUUGUUGCGUUGGUUUUUAGUUACACAGAUUUGAGAAAAAGAACAGAUGUUUUCAGUACGAGUCUAUGUAUCUCAGACCUAAUGGCAGGUGUUUUUUUCCAACCAUUUGUCAUACGAAGGUUGCUAGCUCGUCACCCUCAACAAAAUUAUGAAUGGGCUUUGAGAAGAUGCAUUGGUCAAGCAACAUUAUCAGGAAGUGCUCUCAGUUUACUAAUGGCAACAGUUGAUCGUUAUAUUGUAAUACAAUGGCCAUUACGAUAUGAAAACAUCAUGACUGAAAAGAUGUCAUCAAUCUUUGUAAGCGGUAUAUGGUUGAUAUCAUUCAGCAUGGGUGCGACUGCAUACUUUAGAAGAGAAUUGUCAGCGGUUGUAUUUCCUUGUGUUAUAUCGGUCAUUGUAAUUUCCAUUGUCGCAACACAUAUUUCAAUUUUCAUUAUUGCAAAGAAACAGGAGAAUAAAAUAUGGAAGCAGUCACGACUGAAUAAAAAAGGGAAAAAGUUUCUAUCCAAAAUGCGUGCUACAAAAACCAUAUUUCUACUUCUUCUGGUUUUUCUCCUCAGUUGGCUGCCGUCCACAAUUUUCAGGUUUUACGACAGACUCUCUGGUGGAAAUAUCGUCACAUUCCACACUUGGCUGCAUCCACUCAAUUGUCUCAUUCAAGUCCACUGCUCACUAGACCCAUUCCUUUAUGUGCUGCGCAAUCGUAGAUUCAAAGUCGUCAUUGAGAAAGUUUUCGAACGUUUCACGAAUACUUCAAGUAAUAAUCGAUCUUGUUCUUCACCGUAA